ACGUAAUGUGUGCGGAAGUUGGUAUUUAGCGCCAAAGUUGAGCUGUAAGAGGUGGAAAAAUGGAUGCUUCUCGCAAAAUAAAGACUAAAGUUUCCGCCGGUUUCAAGAUGAGAAGCUUAAUUCUUCGACCUGAAGCCAGCAGGUACCUGGUGGAGGCGUUGGAGUCGGUGGACUCCUCCGAACUCGAUGAUGUUGUGGAAAGGAUCCUGGACGCAGUGGAGAAGCAGCCAUUGUCUUCCAGUAUGAUCGAGCUCUCUGUGGUGGAAAGUGCCGUGCAGGACUGCACUCAGGCCUGCGAUGAAACUAUAGAUAACGUCUUCAACAUCAUCGGAGCUUUCGACGUACCCAGAUAUAUUUACAGUGUGGAGAGGAAGAAGUUUGUACCCAUCAGCAUGACGAGCCACCCGGCCCCCAGUCUGUGCGGUUUGGCCAAAGAUAAAGCUGAACUUUUCAGGGAGCGUUACACAAUCUUGCAGCAGCGCACGCAUCGCCAUGAGCUGUUCACCCCGCCGGCCAUCGGAGCCGCCGCGGACGAAGGUCAAAACAAAUUUCAGCUGAGGACGGUGGAGGCGUUGCUAGGCAGCACAGCGAAACUGGGAGAGGUGAUCGUUCUGGGAAUGAUCACGCAACUGAAAGAGGGUAAAUUUUAUCUGGAGGACCCGACUGGGACAGUACAGCUGGACAUGUCCAAAGCACAGUUUCAUAACGGUCUUUACACAGAGUCCUGCUUCGUGCUGGCAGAAGGUUGGUAUGAAGAUGGCGUGUUCCACGUCAACGGCUUUGGAUUCCCUCCAACAGAGCCGUCCUCAGCUACCAGGGCGUACUACGGAAACAUCAACUUCUUCGGCGGUCCGUCCACCACCUCGGUGAAGAUGUCCUCCAAGCUGAAGCAGCUGGAGGAGGAGAACGAAGACGCCAUGUUUGUAAUUGUCUCCGACCUGUGGCUGGACAGCGUGGAGGUGAUGGAGAAGCUUAACGUCAUGUUCUCAGGAUACGCCGCUCUGCCUCCCACCUGCUUCAUCUUUUGUGGAAACUUUUCUUCUGCUCCAUACGGGAAAACUCAGAUUAAAUCCCUCAGAGAAUCCCUGAAGUCCCUCGCUGACAUCAUCUGCGCAUAUCCCAGCAUUCACAGCAGCAGUCGCUUUGUGUUUGUUCCCGGGCCCGAGGACCCCGGUCCAGGCACCAUCCUGCCCCGGCCUCCGUUGGCAGAUCACAUCACAGAAGACUUCCAACAGAGGGUGCCGUGCUCCGUGUUCACAACCAACCCCUGCAGGAUUCAAUACUGCAGCCAAGAAAUCGUCAUCAUGAGGGAAGAUCUGGUCAACAAGAUGUGCAGAAACUGCGUCCGGCUGCCCAACAACAACCUGGACAUCCCAAAUCACUUUGUGAAGACCAUCCUGUCUCAGGGACAUUUGACUCCUCUGCCGCUCUACGUCAGCCCUGUUUUCUGGGCCUAUGACUACGCCCUGCGAGUCUACCCCGUGCCUGAUGUCAUCGUCUUUGCCGACAAGUACGACCCGUUCACCAUCAGCAGCACCGACUGCCUGUGUGUCAACCCGGGCUCGUUUCCUAGAAGCGGCUUCACCUUCAAGGUGUAUUACCCGUCCAACAGAACUGUGGAGGACAGCAAACUACAAGGCCUUUAGAGAAAGACCUGGACCUGCUCCUCCGUUCCCCUUCCUCUGUAGAAUCCCUUUGUAAAAUAAUGUGUUUGAUGUGAUUAGUUAUUAAAUACCUGCUUUUAUUUAAGUUUUUUCUGUCUUAAAUAAAAGUUUUAUUCUUUGUACAUAA